AUUUGUGGCCCGGUUAGAGAACGUUAACAGUGUUUAAGUGUUUCAUUGAAUUAAAGUGAUAUUUCGACCUUAUUUUACUUGGAUUUAUUUUUGAUUCAAAGAUGAAGAAAUAUUUUGUCUUUACAUGUCUUCUUCUUACAACCCAAGCUGUUGAUUUAGAAUCUUCGGAAACUCAAUCAACAGGGAGAGGAGUUUCUUCAGCUAAGAAUCUUAACGCAAUUCCUUUAUCGAACCAAAAAAAUCAAGAUUCUCAAUAUUUCACUCAACAACCUGCUAUUCAACAAUAUUACCCCCCUCCAUCACCUUAUUCAGCUCAAUAUCAACCUCCUCAACAUCAACCAGCUAUGAUCGUAAUCGCCCAACCGGCUCAGUUACAACAACAACUUUUAACGACAGCUGCUCAACAACUCCUUCAGUAUUUCCAUGGCAAUCCUCAAGCUCGGGUUCAAUUUCUCCAAGGAAAUUUUGUCCCCAAUAUAGGAAAUGUUCAACAUUCGCAACCUCAACCUCAAUUUAUUCCCCCACAACCUCUUCCUUAUUACCAUUUAAUCCAACAACCAUAUCAACAAUAUCAAAACGCACCAAUCCAAGGUCAACAAAUUCCACCCCAACCUCAAAUUCAAUCUCAACCAAGUUAUAAUGUUCCACAAUCGGCUCCAUCCGAAGUUCCUCAGUUUAUUCCGUAUCCUUCGGGCCAAUUUGGACAUUCAACAUCUUUAAAUCAUAUAUCAGCAUUAGCCCAAUUGGCUGCUCAAAAAUAUGUCCCUCAAGUUAAUUACAGAAAUCCCCCAACUAUUAUUACCGGGUUAGAAAAUUUCACCCCAGAACAACAAGCUCAAAUUAAAGCUCAAAUUAAUUCUGGACAACCGAUAACGCCAUUGAAAAGUUCCACACCACUAAAUACUGCUGCUUUACAACAAUUGUAUAGCUCUCAAAAUUCGGGAAAAAUUCAAGAUAAUAAUUUAAACCAAGAAUAUCAACCAACCAGUAAUGAAGACGUUAAAGGAAAUAAUCAAAACACAAAUUAUUCCAGCAAUAAUAAUAAUAAUAAUAAUGGCAACAAUUAUAGUAAUUACAAUACAAAAGGAUAAUUUUCGUUAAAAAAGAUUGAAAAAUUGUAAAUAAUGUAUUAUAGAUCAUUUUAAUUACGUAAUUUAAUUUAUAGCGUUCUUAGCGUUAUGUAACGUAGUGUUUAAUUGCGUUUCCGAUGUUACAAUUGUUAUAAUUUACGAUAUUUUGUGAAAUAAAUAAUUAUUUCUGACACUUUCCCAAAAUAAACAAUUUGCGUAAUAAAACAUCUCAAAACCUGA